CGUAAAUCCUAUCCCAUGCCAUGCCAGCCCAUAAUGGCCAAAAGGAUACGAGUGGUGAUUAUGUAACUAACAAACUAACCCAUCUUCAAUUUUCUUUUCACAGAGCGUCCAUUUCUAUGGCUACUCUUAGCUUCAAUCCUACUAGAAUUCCUCAAAAACCCAUCUUCAAAAUCACUUAUUUUUCAAAACCCUCAGAAAUUUCCUGGCCUUGCUUUCUAAAACUCGCCAAAACCAAUCACAAAUACCACUGCUUCCAACCCAACACAAUAUCCAAACUCUCGGUUUCAACACAAGAAGAAGUGGAGGUUGAGAACUAUGAAGAAGAUGACCCAACAGCAGAGAUGAGUUAUCUUGACCCAGAAACUGAUCCAGAAAGCAUUAUUGAAUGGGAAUUGGAUUUUUGCUCAAGACCUAUAUAGGAUAUUAGAGGCAAGAAAGUCUGGGAGCUUGUUGUGUGUGAUGAUUCACUUUCACUUCAAUAUACAAAGUACUUCCCUAAUAAUGUUAUUAAUAGUAUUACUUUAAAGGAUACUAUUUUGUCCAUCAGUGAGGAUCUUGGUGUUCCUUUGCCAGAAAAAAACCGCUUCUUCAGGUCACAAAUGCACAAUCAUAACAAAGGUAUGCAAAGAUUUGGAUAUAAAGCCAAUUCCAAGUAAACGGUGUCUGUCACUACUUCUAUGGUUGGAAGAAUGAUAUGAGACUGUGUAUACCCGCCAUCCUGGCUUUCAGAAGGGCUCUAAACCACUGUUAGCUUUGGAUAAUCCCUUCCCAAUGGAAUUUCCUGAGAACCUAUUUGGAGAAAAAUGGGCAUUUGUUCAAUUACCUUUCUCAGCUGUUCAAGAGGAAGUCUCAUCACUAGAAACAAGUUUUAUGUUUGGUGCAAGUCUAGAUUUGGAUCUGUUCGGAAUUGAAAUCAGUAACAAGACAUUGAUUCCAGGACUUGCUGUUGCCUCUUCAGGUGCUAAACCAUUGGCAGCAGAAAUGGCAGAAGCUGUCCUCUUUAAUAUUGUUGAUGGAAUCAUUACCAAGUUGAGUUCCACAGUCCUCCGGGAGAUUGGGUUAUGGUGGGGUGUCAAGGAUGAGCUUCAGGAACUCAAGCGCACUGUUUCCAUGAUCCAGCCUGUGCUUCUUGAUGCGGAGGAGAAGUACUCAAAGAGUAGGCAAGUCGAGGUUUGGCUUGGGACGCUCAAAGAGGCUGUUUAUGAUGCAGAAGACUUGCUGGAUAUUUUCUCAACAGAGGCUCUUAAGCAAAAAACGAUGACUGGCAGUAAAAUAGGAAAGGAGGUAACCCUUUUCUUUUCAAGUUCAAAUCAGUUUGCUUAUGGUCUUGACAUGGCACAUACGAUUAAAUCCAUCAGAGAAAGAUUAGAUGAGAUUGCGAAAAACAGACAGUUUCACUUGGAACAGCGUCCUGUAGAAAAACUUGCCAUAAUCACUAGGGAAAGGGAGCAAACUCACUCCUCUUCGCGUUAUCUUGUUGGUAGAGGAGAUGACAAGAAAGCCAUUAUGAAGGUUUUGUUGUGUACUGACUCUGUAAAGAAUGUUUCAGUCAUUUCAAUAGUUGGAAUUGGAGGAUUGGGGAAGACCGCACUAGCUCAACUUCUAUUAAAUGACAAGGAAGUUAAAAAUCAUUUUGAGCUAAAAUUAUGGGUUUGUGUUGCUGAGAAUUUUGAUACAAAAUCAAUUCUUGAAAAAAUUUUAGAAGAUGUGAAGGGUGAAAAACUUGAAAACCUUGAGAUGAACACAUUGCAAAAGAAACUUCAUGAAACUAUUGAUGAAAAAAGGUUUAUACUUGUAUUGGAUGAUGUGUGGAAUGAAGAUUCUAACAGAUGGUUUAGCUUGAUGGAUUUGUUAGUUGGUGGUGCAAAGGGAAGCAAAAUAAUAAUAACAACUCGUUCCCAGACAGUUGCAAGAAUAGCAAGAUCAGAUUUUCUUCAUGAAUUAGGAGGCCUGAGAGAUGCUGAGUCCUGGGAGCUCUUCAAACAAGUGGGAUUCAAGAAAGGGCAAGUGCCAAGUCGCAGCCUAGAAGAAACUGGAAAGAAGAUUGUGAAGAAGUGCGUGGGAGUUCCUUUAGCCAUAAAAACAAUAGGGAGCCUGUUCUAUUUGAAAGAUGAUGAUGAGUGGACAUCUUUCAUGAACAAAGAACUCUCUUCCAUAAAUCAACCAGAAAAUGAUAUUUUACCUACUCUGAGGUUGAGUUAUAAUCAUCUCCCAUCACAUUUGAAACAUUGUUUUGCUUAUUGUAGAUCAUUUCCAAAAGAUUAUGAAAUCAAUGUAAAGACAUUAAUAGAGCUGUGGAUAGCGCAAGGAUUUGUUCGGUCAUCAAAUGCAACCCAGAGUCUCAAAGAUGUUGGCCUUCAAUAUUUUAAGGAACUCUUUUGGAGGUCAUUUUUUCAAGAAGUGAAAGAGGAUGACAGGGGCAAUAUAAAAACUUGCAAAAUGCAUGAUUUAAUGCAUGAUCUUGCUAUUUCGGUGGCUGAAGCUGGGAGCACUUUAAUUUCAUCCAAUUCAAAUGUUGAUGAAAGAACUCGGCAUAUAUCUGUGGAUCUUAAUUCAGACUUCACAAGGCAGAAGUUGCGUUCCUUGCUUAAAGCAAGCAAAGCAAGGACAUUUCUCUUUGUAAAUAAAUCACUAAAGGAUGUGAUUGGAGAGGAAGAAUGCUGUUUAAUUUUUUCUAAUUUGAAGUGCUUGAGAGCUUUAGACCUACAUGGCCUUGGGAUUGAGACAGUGCCAAGCUCCAUUAAUAAACUGGAGCUUCUAAGGUAUCUUGAUCUUUCAUAUAACAAUUCAAUGAAGAAGCUUCCUAAUUCGAUUUCCAGACUACCAAACUUACAGGUGCUUAAAGUUGAUCGCUGUGAAGAACUUGAAGAAUUGCCUAAAGACAUCAAGAAGUUGGUUAACCUUACUGAUCUUAGCUUGUUUGCUUCUUGGAGCUUGACUCACAUGCCUCAUGGGGUUGGGCAACUGACAGGCCUUGAGACAUUAUCAAUUUUCACAGUGGACAAGCGUGGACGCGGUGCUAGGCUCAGUGAAUUAAAGGACUUGAACAACUUGAGAGGAGAGCUAUCCAUCCAAAAUUUGCAGUAUGUGAAAAAUCCUGAACUUGACUUCUGUGCAGCCAAUCUGAAAGAGAAGCAACACCUUCAGUACUUGCAAUUAUGGUGGAAGAAAAGACAGGGAAAUGAAGAUGGUAAUGAAGACUUUGCUGAGGACAUUGAUAAUGAUGAAAUGGCAUUGGAAGUGCUUCAACCCCACCAGAAUUUGAAAGGCCUGUACUUGUUUUACUAUAGAGGAGUCAAGUUAUCAAGUUGGCUUUCGUCCCUCACAAAUUUAGUCGAACUUCGUUUGAAUAGCUGCAAAAACAUUCAAUGUCUCCCUCCAUUUGAUCAAUUCCCUUCUCUUAAGCGUUUAAAAGUCUUCAAGUUAACCAAUCUGGAGUACAUAGAAAGUGGUAUAAGUUGCAACAAUGGAGGUUUUCCGUCUCUGAAGCUACUCGAUAUCUCAGAAUGCCCUAACUUAAAGGGAUGGAGAAGAUGUGAGAAAGACACUAGAGGGACAAUCUCAUCAUCAUCCCUGACAUCAACAUCAGAACUCCCUAAGUUUCAUUGUCUCUCCAAUUUGUCGAUAGGUGUUUGUCCUAACCUCACUUCAUUGCCUCCUUUUCCAUCUAUUGAAAAUCUGUAUUUUAGAGGUAAGACCAUGAAGCCACUGGACCAGCUACUAGAAUCAACCAUUUCAGGAGCAGAAUCUACCUCUUCUUCUCCUCCUCUAUCUCAAUUGAAACAAUUAACAAUUCAGGAAAUUAAUGAUGGAGCAUUUCUGCCUGGGAAGUUGCAGCAAAAACUCACUUCCCUGAGCAAGCUAUAUAUCGUUUCUUGCCCAAGAAUACUGGAAAUGGAAUGUCAAGGUCUUAGAAGUCUCAAUUUUCUUUGUAUUAGGAACAUAGAUGAACUGGUUUCUCUGCCAAAGUGGCUGCAAUAUUUGUCCACUUUGCGUAGUCUCAAAAUCAAAGAUUGUCCAAAGUUGAUGUCUUUACCGGAGUGGAUGAGCAACCUUACCUCAUUGCGGCGUUUAACUAUUGAGAAUUGUCCACAGUUGUCGGAAAGAUGCAGAAGGAACAAGGUUGAGGAUUGGCCUAAAAUUUCUCAUAUCCCAAUUAUUACGAUCGACUCUUCAAGGGUACAAUGAGAUUAUCAUUUUGUAAUUCUUCUUUAAAUUAGCCAAAAUCAUUGUAUAAACAUUAGCUAUCGAACUUGCCAUUUUUUUUUUUUUUUUGCUUAACAUUAUAGAUCAUAGGAUUGGGUGUAUAGGAUAAAUCUGUUGGUCUGGGUUAGUUAUUUUCCUGGUAUUUUAUUAAUAUAAAAUAUAAUUAAGAAAAAA